AUGGCAGACUGCACAGAGCUGGAAUGGGCCAUCCAGGUGCUGGUGAACAACUUCGACAAGUACUCGAGCCGCUGCUGCUGCCGGAAGCCGCGGCGCAUCAGCAAGAAGGAUUUCCGCAAGAUGCUGAGCUGUGAGCUCAACCACAUGCUGACGGACACCGGGAACAGGCGAGCGGCUGACAAGCUCAUCUGUGACCUGGAUGAGAACAAAGAUGGGCGCAUCAGCUUCGAGGAGUACUGGACCUUGAUAGGUGGCAUCGCCAGCCCCAUCGCCCACAUCAUCCGUCAGCAGGAGCAGAGCGUCAAGCACACCAAGUAG